AUGUCGUCAACUCCAUUAAACGAGGAGAAUUUAUUACAGCAAACAACAGAAGAAUCCCCUGCCUCUUCAAUUUGUUCCCAACAUAUUUUUGCUUUUGAAUGUCAAAAUUCAAGUUGUUGUGCUUCUUAUCAUCAACGAUUUUUAAUGCUUUUAUUUUCAAUUUUUAUUUUUAUAAUUGCUUUAAUUGUUUUUAUUUUUAUGAUAAUUUCUGUUCAAUGGAGACCUUUAAGUUUGAGACAAAGGUAA